AAAAAAAAAAACAAAAAUAUUAUAAAAUACAAUAAUAAUAAAAAUUAUUUAAAUUUUAUUGCUCUGCUAUUUAUAUGGAAUUUAUGAAAUUAAGAAAAUAAAAAUUGUGUAGGAAAUUCCACCAAACUACAAUAACAAAAUGCAUUUAACUAAACAAAUUUUGACAUAUAUACCUAUAAAAUUUAUACUUAACUAACGUAAUCAAAUGCUAUCUUUGUCUAAAUACUAUUAAAAUUUAUUUCAUCAUAAUUCUAUAAUCGUGUAUGAUUAUCCCUUAUUUUGAAAAAAAAAAAGAAUAAUCUUUUCAAAUGGUUAAAGCACCGAUUUUAUUACCAAAACCGCCGUCAUCAAUUUCAUUGUCACCUAUAACUAAUGACAUCAUGGAUCCAACAGAAGAAGAAGAUAACCUAAAUAAUUGUAACACUCAAAAUUCAUCAAUUAUAGUAAAUAAUAACAAUAAUGAAAAUAAUAAUAACAAUAAUGAAAUAGAUUGCUGUAAUACAGCUAGAUUUGUAAUUUCGCCCAAUACAUCAACUCCAGCAACACCAACAUCACCUUCAUCUACAACAACAAUAAUAAAUUCAAUAAUGACAAACGGAGUUGUUUUUCAUAGAGAUAUUCAAACCCAAACAAGUUUAAGUUUUGAUGAAAAUGAUGAAUACGAUGGUAAUUAUGACUGUUCAAAUACUAAUCAUAAUAAUAAUCAUUUGACUGAUGAUAAUGAAAACUGUGAAAAUGGUAAUGAUGAUGAUAUUGAUAAUAAUAUCUCUAAUACAAAUAAUUUUGAAAAUAAUGAUAAUGAUAAGAAUAAUCAUAAUGAUAAUAAUAAAUGUGAUGAUGUUAAUGGUAAUUGUUCAAAUGAAAUUAAUUCAGCAAAAUUAUCAAUUGAAACCACAAAAAAGAAAUCAUAUGAUUUAAAUAAAAAUAUUGAUACUAAAUCAAUAGAUAAUAAUGAUAAUAGUGAAAAUAAUAAUGAUGAUUCUAUUCCAUUUCUCAAAAGUAUUGAAAAAGAUUAUAAAUUAAAAUGCAGUAGUAGUUGUUCAGCAACAAUAUGUGAUAAAGCUGUUAAAAUAGAAAAUAAUCAAAAUUUAUUACAAAAUGAACAAAUAUUUUAUAAAAAUGAUGAAAAUGAAAAAUAUGAAAAAAAUAUUAAUAAUAAUAAUAAGAAUAACAAUAAUAUUCUAUUGCCAAUACAAGAGGAAUUAAACGAAAACUUUGAAAAUUCUAAUGAUUUCACAGAUUCUUACAUAAAUGAAAAUGAAUUAAAUGAGACUGAAAAUAUAUGUGAAACAACAGAUGAAACAGAAACAACAACAAAUAUAUGUAAAACGAUUGAUAAUUAUCUUGGUGAUUAUGAAACAAAUAAUUGUGAUGAAAUAUUUAAAUAUGGUAGUAUAAAUAAUAAUGAUAGUAAUGACAAUUUGAAAAUUAAUGGUAAUAAUAUAAUAGUAAAUAAAAAUACUAAUAGUAAUAACAAUAAUAAUAACAACAGUAAUAAUACAAUUUUAUAUCAAACGACUGCUAUUACAAAACAUAGUGUACACAGUGAAAAAAUAAAUGAAUCAAUAGGUAUAAUACAACAUUUACAACCAUUGACGGCCAUACCAACAAUACAACAAACAACAGCUGGACCAACAGCAAUACCAACAAUUGUGACACCAGCAACAUUAUUACCAGCUCUUGUUAAUCAUCAAACAGGCGCCAUAAUAGGUCAUGUAACUCAUGGAGCGCAAAUUGUAAUGGGAAUUGCAGCAACAUCUUUGCAACCAGCAACAGCACAGACGACUACUCAACCAUCUAUAUCAUCGCAAUCACAACAAACAACUUUACCUACAUCAUUAGCAUUACAAACCACACAAAAUUCCAUUGUUGGUAAUGGUACAAAUUUAACGCCAUGCCCUCAAUCAAUUGUUCAACAACAGACUGCACAAACAGUUCUUACUGUUCAAGCAACAUCAUCACAUAGUCAAACGAUUUUACAACAAAUAUCACCACCGGCAUCAGUUUCCGCGCUACAAACAUCUCAUGCUCCAACAACAAUUUCAACACAAAAUUCUCCAAGUCAUCAAACUGUUGCACAUCAUUCUCAGCAUCAUAACCAUUUACAUCAACAACAACAGCAGCAACAACAACAACAACAAUUAACCCAACAACAUCCGCACACAAUUCAUUGUCAAUUAACUGGAGCUACUAUAACAGCAACUCCUAUUUCAAAUCAACAACAGCAACAACAACAACAGCAACAACAACAACAAAACACAGUACAACCAACUCAUAUUUUUCCAGUACAUGUAAUAUCAAUACCAGCAACAGCACAUCAUCAUCAAACGGCGCAUGGUACAACUACUGCAUGGCCAAUAGUUGAGGCACCAAUAUUUAUUGAUGCAAAUGGUGAAGCAAGAACAUUUUGUCCAGCACAUCCACAAGGACCAUUACCGCCACCUUUACCACCACCGUCACUACCGCCAACUGGUUCAACAAUUACAAACUGUUCACAAAGUGUACAACAAUCUUCACAACCACAACAAAAUAGUAAUGGUAUUCAAUCAGCCAUUCAAUCAUCUAUAUUAUCAGUUGCUAGUAAUAUGAUAAAUGGAAAUUCAGUAAAUUUAAAUGGAAAUUCACAAACCCAACAACAGCAACAGCAACCGCAACAACAGCAAUCACAACAACGUGAACAUAGAGUUUUAUUGCAGUUGGACGCGGGGGUAUCGCUUCCAGUACAAAUAGGUGGAAAAAGGAAAAUAUUCCGAGGUAAGUGA